ACUGUUCUGUAAGGGCGAGUGUGUGUUAACAGGUUAAUGGAGUAAAUUAUAGAUGACGCAGAUGAACAAACUAUCUAUCAAUAGUUAUAAAGUGACAAAUCAAGCAGGACAGAAAAUGCACGAUACGUUUAUAUUUCAGUUUUUCUUUGUUUCUGCUGUGUUAAUUGUAUGCCUUCCACAGGAGUCAAUUGCAGUUCCCGGCUGUAUCUGCGCAGCCGUCUAUGAUCCCGUGUGUGGAGUGAAUGGAAGAACGUAUUCAAAUGAAUGCCGAGCCAGAUGCGAAUACGUGCCAGUGAGGUGUAGAGGUUCCUGUCCCUGUGGAGGCUGUGUGUGCACAAGGGAGUAUGACCCUGUGUGUGGAAUAGAUGGGAGGACUUAUUCCAAUCCAUGUUCUGCUCGCUGCAGUGGAAUUUACUCUUAUCGGCCGGGAGAAUGUUCAAACGGAAAAAGGUAUUAAUACCGACGAUGAACUCGAAAGAGAAGAUUAAAAAGAUUUCAUUGUUUGUUAAGAAAUGAAAUAAAACAUUUAAAAUCAAACCCUGUAAUGAAU